AAUAUUAAAAAUAAAUGAACAUAGUAACCAUUUGAAUAGAAUGGAUCAAGAUUGUUUACUAUAUGGAUUCUAUGUAAAUUUUCUCUUUUAAUUUUUUUGUUGCUGUGGAAAAAGAAAAAAACGAUUUAGUAACUAUGUGGAAACAAACAUUGAAAUUUUAAUUCAAACAAUCAAUCGAUCAAUAAUGUAUUUCUAUGAAUUUUAUCUAUUUCUAAUUAUUACAUCAUUGAUAUAUUAUGUGAAUGGACAAAAUAAAUUAUAUUCAUCAUUACGUUCAAGACGUUUAUUACCAGCUGAUUCUUAUACAAUAUUAGGACAAGCUGGUUUAAGACGUUUAGGACAAUGUAAUAUUACUUAUGCAUGGUUAACAUCACCGCCAACAUCAAGUUUAGAUGCAUAUGGUCAUGCGACAGCAUGUAAAAGAUUACAAUUAUUAAAUGGUGAAAUAAUACCUAUAUCAUCAUCAUCAUCAUCAUCAUAUCAUCUAAUGAUUAUUUAAAUAAUAAUGAAGAUUUAAAUCAAGCUGAAAAAGACUUAAACUAUAUUAAUCAUGAAUGGUCAGCAUCAUUAAUUGAUUUAGAACGUUUAGAUUUAUUAAUACGUGCUGAAGUGAUUGGUAUUGGUCAAUCAAACCAAUUAGCUAAUGAUCCAAGAUAUUUUUUUCUUGCUGAUCGUGUUGGUGAUUUAAAUUUAAUGGUUGUACUACGUCCAGAUAAACAAUUAAAAUUGGAAUUAAUUAAUCCAUUAGCAUCGGAACAUUUAGUGUUAACACCGCAACAUGUUCUUUGUUUACGUAAACAAUGUCCAUCUAAUAUAAAUGAUGUCAAUAUAAAUAUAUCAAAACAAGAUAAUAGUAGUCUCAUCAUUGGAACGAAUAAUGUAGCAUUAACUAAAGCUGAACGACAAAAUCGGGAAUUAUAUAUGCAAUUAGUUAUAUCACGUGUUGCAUGUGCUUUAAUUAGUUUUAUGUGUGUAGUAUUUGCAAUGACAUCAUUAACUUUAUGUAUACGUCUUAGACAAAAUCCACAUUAUUUUAAAAAACGUAUGAUACGUUCAUCUCAAGCUAGUAUAUGUAAAGAAUCACAUCCAUCACCGACACCAUUUUGUCAAAUGAAUGGUAAAGUUAAUAUGAGUCAAGUAUCACCAUUAUUUAUAACAGAUCAAUCACCAAGACAUUAUGGUAUAACACAUAUACCAAGUGAAACUGCUAGUAUGAAUAAUAUUGUAAUGACAGCAAGUAAUAUAAGUACAUGUGAUCCACAAAAUGGUUUACAAAAUAUUCCUAUUUCUUAUUCAGCAUUAAAUACACAAUAUGCACAAAUAUCAGGCUAUCCAAUGACUGGUGCACCUAUUGCAUCAUAUAAUGAUAAUUCUGGUUUAAUUACAAUUUAUCCAAUACCAUCACAUGGUUCAAUUAGUUCAACUCAACGUGGUUUAUUAUUACAAUGUCAAAAUGGUUCAGUGAGUCCAGCACCUUCAAAUAAUUCUGAUGGAAAAAAUGGUAUUACACGUACUGGUUCAUUAGGUAGAUAUUCACGGAAUAGUGUUUGUUAUGGUGAUAGUACACGGAAGAAAUUAUUGUAUCAAAUUAAAAAAUCACAUCAAAAUUCAACACAAACAAUUAAACAACAACAAAAUGAUCUUAAUACAUCAUUAUCUAAUAAUCGUCCAAUUCCGAUAGUUCAACAACAACAACAGCAACUUCAUCAAUCUAUAAAACAUGAUGAUCAUUUAUCAAGUAAACCGGAUGAUUUAAUCUCUUUUCAAUAUACACCUAAUUUUACUACAAUAGUACAUCGUUAUCCAACAGAAUUACAAUAUAAUGAAAUGAAAACUAUUCCUAAUAUGGAUAUAGAAGAAACAAAUUCAGAUUUAUUAAAAUCGAAUAAUUUUAAUCAUAUUAAUGAACCAUCUAUUAGUGUUAUACGUAAACCAGCUCAUGUGUGAAUGAAUUGAAGUUAAACAUUAAAGUGCCUUUAUUACUUAAAAAUAAAUCUGUUUCAGAUUAUAUAAACAAAACUUAAAUUAGAUUCAUUAUUCAAUAUCAUAUAAAUGAAUAUUCACUUCAUUAAAACAAACAAACAAACAGAUAAAAAACAAGAUUUUACAUCAUUGAACAUUGAAUAUUCUGAGUAUAUGAACAAAAUGGAUAUCUAUCUAUCUACAUAUAUAAAACAGUUUAGUAUCUGAACACUUCAUAUUACUGGUUGAAAUCAUGAGCCAAUUGAGGCUAGACCACCAUGGAAAACCUGGAAGCACUGAACGGCCGUUUCGUCCUAGUAUGGGACUCCUCAGCAGUACGUAUCCACGACCCCGCACCCCGCGAGAUCCAAACCCAGGACCUAUCAGUCUCGUGCCAGGUGCUUAGCCAACUAGACCAGUGAACCGGCAUCCAAUGUCUAACUUCCACCAAUCCACGAAGUUGCGUCACCAUACACCAUUGUCUUCAGUAAGUUGAUAUCUCACAACAAACCUGGUUGAACUCCACUUCUUAUUACAUAAUCUUGUUAUGAAUUUUAUUUCAUUGUCUAUAUUUUUCUAACCAGUGACCUAUUUCCUAUUAUGUAACAUUGAUUCAAACCUUUAUUGUUCUUAUCACAACUCAUACAGUUGUCACGACACGAUCAAUUUGUACUUUUCACUUAUUUAUGUAAUCUAUUCCACUGUUAUCAUCAUUGACUCAUAAACUGCCUUCAUUGGUUUAAUUCAAUUCGUAGGUGCAUAUAGAAAAACAUCACUGCAUAUUAGAGUAUAGUCUGAUGAAGAUCUAAUCGAAAACAAUAAAGUUCGCUUAUAUAUAUGUUUUUCUAAAUUACAAUAUGGGAAUUUUUCAAAUUGAAUUUGAAUCCAGAAGACGGAAGCUACCAAAAACCUUAUAAAUACUCUAGUUACUUGAACAUUUAUAAAUCGUGCCUUUUGUCUACCAUGUGGAGUUCUAGCAUACGGAAGACCUGAAGAUCGAAGAAAUGAUUAGGAAUUCAAUAUCAAAUGUUUGCAGUUUGGGUAGUUUAAAUUUCUACAAUCGAUUGAUUUAUCAUUCAGUAAUAUCAAAUCAAAGAAGUAAUCUCUUAUUAUGAUUUCUUGAAUUUUCAAAACGACCUUUUUAACGCAAUGGCAUUUGAAGCGAACAAUACUGGAUUCGAAUCCCGCAGUGAAUAUCAACUCUGAGAUGCAGGUACAUCCAAGUGACGAGCCC